GGAAGGAGUUUUUUUUUUAGGGGGGACAGCUGGGGUCCCCCCCCUUUAUUGAGAGGCAGUCCCCCUUUCCCUCUCCCUGUGCAGGCGAGGGAGGGAUUUUCUUGUUGCAGGGCCUUGGCCUGUAAAAGGCAGCAGCCAAGUGCCCAGUAGUAGAUAGAAGUAGGGGGGAAGGCCAGAGGAAGUGGCUGGGCCUGAACUUAACUAGCUGGCACUGGGCCUGACACCCCAAGCUGGUGCAGCAGCCCCCCUAGAUUUUAUUACUGCCUUCUGAGCGCCUCCUCAAAGGGGGCGGGGAUCCUAUACUUCUUCAGACUCUUAAUGCCUUCUGACCCUUGGGGGGCCCCCUGACUUGUGGCCCUGGGGAAUGAGGAUUUAGGUUGGCUGAGCUCAGAAGCGGACCCCUGAAAUCUUGGCGAUCAGAGUUCUACAUCUUAGUUUCUGGGAAUUGAAUUGAUUUGCCCUUGCAUCCACGCAGAGGGUGACCCUCCCUGCACACCCCAGAUCUGACCCUCCCGUGUGUACCUUUGGAUUGUGUUGAUUGUGGGGCCUGGCCUGCAUGCCUACCUGCCUGCUUUCCAAGACCUGCUGAAAGUCCCAAGAAUUCCAGAAGUUCUUCACUGUUUGUCUGGUUGCCCACGCCCUUACUGGCCCCUGUAACCCAGAACAUUUGUUUACAGAAAGUUCAGGAGCCCUGGAAAGGAGAAGGAAUAAGACGACAGGAGGAAGAGAGAGAGAGGGUAGAAUGGAAGAAUCUCACUUCAAUUCUAACCCGUACUUCUGGCCUUCUAUCCCCACAGUCUCAGGACAGAUUGAAAACACGAUGUUUAUCAACAAGAUGAAGGAUCAGCUAUUGCCAGAGAAGGGCUGCGGGCUGGCUCCACCCCACUACCCCACCCUGCUGACAGUGCCUGCCUCAGUGUCCCUGCCUUCGGGCAUCAGCAUGGACACUGAGUCCAAGUCCGACCAGCUGACCCCACAUAGCCAGGCGUCUGUUACGCAGAACAUCACUGUGGUCCCCGUGCCGUCCAGUGGCCUGAUGACAGCAGGAGUCUCGUGUUCUCAGAGGUGGAGAAGAGAAGGGAGUCAAUCGCGGGGUCCUGGUUUGGUAAUCACGUCCCCCUCAGGCUCCCUUGUGACCACCGCCUCAUCAGCUCAGACCUUCCCCAUUUCGGCUCCCAUGAUUGUCUCAGCCCUCCCCCCGGGCUCACAAGCCCUGCAGGUGGUCCCAGACCUCUCCAAGAAGGUUGCCUCCACCCUCACGGAGGAAGGUGGUGGAGGUGGUGGCGGAGGUGGUGGAGGUGGUGGUGGCGGCGGUGGCACAGUUACCAAUGUGGCUCCCAAGCCCCCUCGUGGUCGCAAAAAGAAGCGGAUGCUGGAGUCGGGGCUACCGGAGAUGAACGACCCUUAUGUCCUCUCCCCGGAGGAUGACGACGACCACCAGAAGGACGGCAAGACCUACAGGAGCGAAGGGAACUGCGCCACAGGAAAUGGACAGAGCCUUGGGCUCAUGGAUUCAGUUCCCGGCUCCACCACGAAUUUGCUGUGUGACCCUGGGUGCCGGAUGUGCUCACUGACAUUCUACUCCAAGUCGGAGAUGCAGAUCCACUCCAAGUCCCACACGGAGACCAAGCCCCACAAGUGCCCGCAUUGUUCCAAGACCUUCGCCAACAGCUCCUACCUGGCCCAGCACAUCCGCAUCCACUCGGGGGCCAAGCCCUACAACUGUAACUUCUGUGAGAAAUCCUUCCGCCAGCUCUCUCACCUCCAACAGCACACCCGGAUCCACUCCAAGCUGCACACGGAGACCAUCAAGCCCCACAAGUGCCCGCACUGCUCUAAGACCUUCGCCAACACCUCCUACCUGGCCCAGCACCUUCGUAUCCACUCGGGGGCCAAGCCCUACAACUGUUCCUACUGCCAGAAGGCCUUCCGCCAGCUCUCCCACCUCCAGCAGCACACACGCAUCCACACCGGGGACAGACCAUAUAAAUGUGCACACCCCGGGUGUGAGAAAGCCUUCACCCAGCUCUCCAACCUGCAGUCCCACAGACGGCAGCACAACAAAGACAAACCCUUCAAGUGCCACAAUUGUCAUCGGGCGUAUACAGACGCUGCCUCGCUAGAGGUGCACUUAUCUACGCAUACGGUGAAGCAUGCCAAGGUGUACACCUGCACCAUCUGUAGUCGGGCAUAUACGUCGGAAACGUACCUUAUGAAACAUAUGCGCAAACACAACCCUCCUGAUCUCCAGCAGCAAGUGCAGGCGGCGGCAGCAGCGGCAGCGGUGGCCCAGGCUCAAGCUCAGGCCCAAGCUCAAGCCCAAGCCCAGGCUCAAGCUCAGGCCUCACAGGCCUCACAGCAGCAGCAGCAGCAGCAACAGCAACAGCAGCAGCAGCAGCCGCCACAGCCACCACAGCCACCGCACUUCCAGUCCCCUGGGGCAGCCCCCCAAGGUGGGGGUGGUGGGGACAGUAACCCCAACCCUCCACCCCCGUGUUCCUUUGACCUGACCCCAUACAAGACGGCGGAGCACCAUAAGGACAUCUGUCUCACCGUCACCACCAGCACCAUCCAGGUGGAGCACCUGGCCAGCUCCUAGAGACCUGUGCUAACGCACGCCCUGGAAGAGGGGAGAGGAGCUCCA